AAAACAGAUACACUCUCUCAUUUCUCUCUUAUAUCCUACAAAAUAAAAAUAAAAUAAAACUUUAGCCUCUCUCCACUAAUGGAGUCCGUAAGAGCAACAAGCCAACUUCUCUUUUCCCUUCUCUUUAUAUUCUUCCUUCUUUCACCCAUUUCUGCUAAGACCCCAGUAGCAGAUUCUCCAGCAGUGGCACCAUCCGCCCCCGUCCCACCCAAGACCAAGAGUACUCCGGCACCGACGGUCCCACCAAAGUCGACAGUUCCGGAAUCUUCGGGCCCACCAAACAUCAUCACCAUCCUCCAAAAGGCUGGAAGCCAGUUCACGACCUUCAUCAAGCUUCUGAGAAGCACUUUAGUUGCCAACCAGAUCAACACGCAGCUCGCUGGUCGAACCCAGGGCCUCACUGUCUUCGCACCCACCGACAGUGCCUUUUCCGCACUCGGUUCAGGUGCCUUGAACGCCCUCUCCAGUGAACAACAGCUCCAUUUGAUACAGUACCAUGUCCUCCCAGCCGUCUACACCUUGUCCCAGUUCGAAACUAUAACCAACCCUGUGCAUACACAGGCCGGCAACAGCGAAAACGGUCAGUAUCCUUUGAACAUUACAUCCACCGGAAGCACCGUGAACAUAACGACCGGAGUUGUGAACGCUACGGUGACCAACACUGUGUAUACGGACGAUCAGUUCUCAGUGUAUCAGGUAGAUAAGGUACUGCUUCCGUUGGACAUUUUUGGCCGCAAGAGUACCCCGGUAGCGCCGGCACCGGCACCGUUAAAGCCGCAGAAGGCUGUUGAAGAUGCUGAAGCUCCUGCAAAGACUACGGAAGUUCCUCCGCCGCCGCCAUCCGGUGCCAUAGGGAUGAAGCAUCAUGGGUUCGUGGCUGUGAUACUUGCGAUGGGUGUUCUUAAGGCGCUUUUGCUUUGACGAUGAGAUGUAAUUUUGUGGUAAUUGCAUGCGCUUUUGUUUUAUUCUUUCUAAUAAACUCUUUGUCUCUUUGUUAGUCUUUUUAAUUCUCUCUCUCUCUCUCUCUCUCCCCUCCUCCUCCUCCUCCUCUUCCUCCUCUUGCUCACUCUCUAGGCUUUUGCAUGUUAUUUUGUUGGUCAACAUGGAAUUUAUAAAUUGCUUCCUUUUUAUUUUUA